AUGUCCAAGGACCUUUCAUCACAUAAUGAAAGCCUCUCAGACCGCGAGACGCGGCCAUUCGUGGAGGAUCCAGCCUUGGAGAAGAGGUUGGUAGCAAAGUUCCGAACGCAUGCCUAUGAUGCUAAUGUCGGCAGGAUCCUUCGCAAGGUUGACAUGCGCCUCAUUCCGAUGCUUUCCGUCAUGGUGGUACAUUCUGAACUAAUUGCAUAUGUCGGCGUUAACAAAAAGGAGCAUUUGUUUGGUUUACGCUUUUGCCUUGGACUUCUUGAGGCAGGCUACUUUCCGGGAGUGCUCUUGUUCAUGAGCAACUGGUACAAGAAGAGCGAACUUGCACGACGUUUUUCCAUCUUUUACUGUGCUUCACUGGUAUCUGGUGCUGUUGGUGGGCUCAUUGCUGGUCUGAUCACAGAUAACAUGCAGAAUCGUGACGGUCUACCAGCAUGGAAGUGGCUGUUCCUGAUCGAGGGCUGUCUGACAGUUGGCUUCGCCACCAUAGCCAUAUUUAUUCUUCCCGACUUCCCCGCUACAACAAGGUGGCUCACCGCCGAAGAGCGCGAAUAUGCCAUUAGCCGUCUCGAGAAUGAUCAUAAUUCGACACAGGCUGGCAAUCUGAGCCACCUGCAAAGUUUUCUGCACGCUGUUCGCGACUGGAGGUAG